CCAGGGGUUUUUGUUAUUAUCUUUUAAAUAAAAGUGAAUUUGUACUCAAAGAGGUAUCAAGAGAUUGUCCUUAAAAACUUAGAGAUGACCUAUUGAAAAGAUUAGGAACCCGGAACCCUCAACAAACCUGGCCAUAUGCGGAAGCCAUAGUCAGCGGAAGUCAGGUUGUGAAAAUUUUGUUUUCAUUAGUGACUUCCGCGACAAUGACUCGAAGCCUGAAAGCCCUUUCAUUUUCUUAGGUUUAACUUUCUCCUCCAAUGCCAGCAAACCAGUCCAGUGCUGGAUCUUAUCAGGAGUGGUUGCUCAAUUCCUACGUGGAACAAAUGUCUCAAACCCAUACAAACACAGCUUUGUCUUGGCGUAGACUUUAUCUAAGCCGGGCAAAGCUGAAAGCCAGUAGUCGAACCUCUGCCUUGCUGUCAGGAUUUGCCAUGGUGGCGAUGGUUGAAAUUUCUAUUGAUAAAGACGACGAGGACAAAUCAGUAAUCCCUGAACCUCUUCUCAUCUUGUUUGGAGUGACCACCACUCUCCUAGUCACGGUCCACCUGGUAGCGUUGAUGAUCAGUACGUGCAUCCUGCCCAACAUAGAAGCGGUCAGUAAUGUGCACAGCGUACAAGCCGUCAGCGAGUCUCCUCACGACCAGAUGCGGGUCUGCGUCGAGAUAGCCUGGGUCUUCUCCACUGGACUAGGCAUCUUGCUGUUUCUCGCCGAGAUUGCCAUCUUGUGUUGGGUCAAGUUUUACAGGCUGAGCACAAACGCUGCCAUAGCAUCCACUGUCAUCGUCAUUCCUGCUGGAAUUUUGUUCAUUGUGUUUUCUUUGAUGUUCUACAAGAAGCUUAUGGCUCAUAAGUACCAAAGACACUCGGAGGGAUUAAAGGAACUGGAUGAGAUGGCGCGAGAGUUGAACAGCACAGGGGAUGGAAACAAUAUUGUGUGAUGAGGAAGAGCUGGUUCAGUGGUGUGGUGACUUUGUGUGAGGAAGUCUGCUCAGUCAGGCUUCUUCUAUUUCUGACAUAAAUUUUAUAUAUAUAUACUCUCACCAAAUUAUCUCUAUAAAACUGCACAUAUGUUUGAGAAUUUUGUCGAGAGGAAAUGAUACUGAGUGUCUUUCUUACACGGAAGUUACUUUUAUUGAAGUAUCAAACGAUAAUUGAUUCAGUUUGUGUUCAUACUUUGAGAAGAUAUUGGCAAUCAUUAAUCGUUGCUUAAUUUAGCAUAUUUUUUUUUCUUAUUGAAGCAUGAAGAAACAAUUGCUGAGCUCAAGCUUUUCUUUUUCCAGUAGGUUUCUUAUUCAGCGCCCUCAUUACCUGUGCAAUUGUAAUGGCAAUAUUCAUCUCAAACUCUCUGGCAAUGGAAGUUUUUCUCUGUGCAUCAUCUGCCCUGCUAGUGUGUGACUGGGAGAUGGUAAGAAAGAACAACUGGUACUCUCUUUUAGCUUUCAGAUGAAAAAGGUUCCUCUUGUGCAUAACGUGCCUUGUGCCUUUUAGAAUAUAUAUACCAAGUAAUAAUAAUUUUCGGUGAUAAGCAAAAUAGACCAGCUCAGAUUUCCAAAGGGCGUAUGACAUAGUGUAGAUGGUGUAAAUUUCUCUGUCUUCUACCAUUGAUAGUUAUAAAUUUAGUUAUGGCAAAAAUAGUUUUUCACAUAGUGUAGAUCAGGAUUGAUUGCAUUAAUUUAGGGCAUACCCUGCUCAAAAACUGGCUUUAUGCUUUCUAUGAUCGAUACAGUUUAGAAGUAGGGUGCAAUCUGUGUAUCAAGUGCUAUCUGUGUAUCAAUUUUGUCAAAAGAUAGAGAGAGAAGCCUGACACUCCCAGGGCUUGCCAUUAGCUUGAGUCGUUCCAUUGACUCUGCAGCGAACUUAUAUAUAUAUAUAAUAUAUAUGUGGUGACUACCUGAUCUGAUGCUACAAAAUGAUAUCAAGUGUAAUCCUGCCUUGUAUGAGAUUUGAAAGGAAUUUGUCAAUUUUUUAUUGUUAAUUUUGAUUCGACAUCGUACCUCUCUGUACUGCAGUAAGCUGAUAAAACACCUUUUUGUUUUUCAUUUUGGUGCAAAAAUUGUUUAUAUAUUUGCUAAAUCGAAAGCCUGGUCAGUUACCCUUCUUUUGUGGAAAAAAUCAAAGUGAAACUGCUACCAAUUUUAGAGUAAAUUAGAAUUCAAUUUUCUAAAUCACGCUUUUUUUUAAAUGGUUACGCGGACAAAAAAAAAACCCAUCUUUUUCUCGAAGCUGCCACGAGGAAAAAAAGCCGUUUUGUCUGCUUACGGCAGUGUAGUGUGUUACCAACAAAAGAAAAAAUACUCAAAGAGAAAUUUAAGCUUUCACAUCCCAUCAAAUAAUACUUUGAGACUGAAUCAGGCUGGUUGCUGUGGGUUUCCUUUUUUUUUCUUUUUAUUAUUUAAUUUUUUUUUCUUAUUUUGUGGGGUUGGGGGGGGGGGGGGUGCACCUCUACAAAAGAUUUAUUUUGCUUUUCCAGGGAAACUUACUCUACGAAUGCCAUCAAUAAGUGAUUUAGUUAAAAGUGCCAUUUCAUUUGGUGCACACUUUUCUUUUCUUUUCAUGCCUUUGUGGAAGCUGAAUUUUAUUUCGUUACAAAAAUGUACUCUCUGUAUUACCUGGCUUUGCAUGUUGUGUUCUGAGGAUAUGGUUAACUUAUUUUUAUC